AUGGCGGAUGAGACGCGCAGCAGCGAUGCUUCCGUGGCGGCAGGCGAGCGGAUGCUGAAGCGCUGCCUGCGAUGGAAUCCGACGGUCCGAUUCCUCCGCGAGUCGCUGGAGCGCGCGGGGUGCGCCGUGAGUGAUGAGUUCUUCACUGCACGCCGAUGCGACGAGCAGGCGGGCGGCGGCUUCAUGCCGGGCGAGGGGGUGGUGGUGUGCGCGAACCACGUGGGAGGGCAGGACGAGGUGGACGUGGUGGUGGCUCACGAGCUCGUGCACGCCCUCGACCACUGCCGCGCCAAGAACCUGCACUGGCCCGACCUGCACCACCACGCCUGCAGCGAGAUCCGGGCGGCCAACCUGAGUGGGGCGUGUCACAUGCACCGCGAGCUCGCCACCAGGGGGGCCGACUUUGUCUUCCGCAACGGCCACCCGCAGUGUGUGCGGCGCAAGGCACAGCUGUCAGUCGCCAUGAACCCCUUCUGCUCCGACGCCCCCCCCACCUCUGCCACCGCCACCGCCGCCACCACCGGCAGCGGCAACAACACCAAUGGGAGCAGCAGUGGCAGUGAGGCGUCUGGCAACAGCGGCGGCAGCAGUGUGGCGUGCAUGGCUCGGGCGCGGGCGGCAGUGGAUGCGGUGUGGGACGUCUGCUACCAUGACACCACUCCCUUCGACCGCAUCCCCUGA